ACGGAGCCUAUAUUCAGCCAAUUACUACAUCAUUGAGCGCAAUGUUGUUCUUCCUUGGUUCAAAAUGCUGCAGUCAGAGCUCAUGGGCAUUUGGCUAAAGGGUGGGAACUUGCUGGUACACGCAAUUUCGCCGAAUGGCACGCAUUACGAAGUUCUCCUCGGGGAUGAAAUUUAUGACUCGCAUGCCACGUUUGUCGCUAUUUUUGAGCCCAACACUUGGUUAGCAGUUGAACUCGAGGACAACGGAGUCAAUGGAGGCUACGGAUUUUUCUACAACGUUUUGAUUCCAGCGUACAAACAUGAAUUCAUGGUACGGGGAACAGAAGAAGAGCUGGUCGGGAUUCUCGGCAAAGAACACGCAGCCACACUGAAGCCGAACUCUCGAUCCAAUUCCCUGCUAAUAACCCUGUCGGAAGAACCCUUUGCCUUUUAUUUUUCUUCUCGGGGUGGACUCGAAUAA